GGGGGCUGGUUGUCUGUUUGUGUCUCAGUGCUGCAGCAAAGAGCGAAGAACAAACCACGCGUAAUCUGCGCAUGCGCGUUCUGGAUCGUUGCAGGCGUCUACCGUCUGUUACUUUCGGAGGUGAUGAGGCUCCCACAUGGAGGCUGGGUGUGAUCAGGUCCAGGGCGGUCAUGAGGAGGAACCAGGAGCUGAGGAUGAAGCCAUGCUGUGGUCCAUCCAGGAGGCUCUGGAGAGGCAGACGCUGCAAAUCGGAGCAUCGGCCUGCGGGGCUACAGCGGUGGUGGACGUCCUGAAAGCCCUCGGCGUGGACGUUUCCCCGGAGGAGACCGACCGCUGCGUCCAGACUCGCCUGAGGAGGAACGAGUCGCCGCUGCCCGACUACCUGCUGUCCAGGAGCGAAGCCGCAACAGGUCCUGGAAGACUUGUAAAGGAAUCAGAAAAGCCUUUAAAGCCAAGUGCGACUCAUGCUCAGCUCAUCCAGGGAGCAGAGGAAGCCAGUAAAGGGAAGGUCGUGGGUCGCUUCUUCCACCUUCACCCUCGCCGGCGGGUCCGACUGGUCGCCUGGCUCGCGGGCUGGAUCCGAAAAGGCGCCGUCCCCGUGGCGACCAUGAACAUGCAGCUGGCUGUUCCCGACGGCGAGGAGGUUCCCGACGCCUGGCACCAUCAGCUCAUAUUCGGAGUCGCGCCUAAUGCUGUUUUUAUGACCAACCCUUUAGAUGUAGUAAGCGAGGCGGAGGUGCACCAGCGACUCUGCAGUGAAUCUGUGCUGCUGAUUCGUCGAGAAGACGUGAUGCAGCGAUUAACACCUGACUGCUGUCUGACCGACCUCUCCGAGAGUCAGUCGGACCCUCGGUGGAAAGCUCUGGAUGUUGAAGGUCAAGUGAGGCAGAUGACUCAAGAAGAACAGGAAUCGGAUCGACCCAAGUUGACGCACAUUACAAUCCCUGCAGCGUACAGUUCAGGCGUCACGCUCUUCGCCUUACGACAGUCAGAGUUGGGACAAGAACUCCUCGGUGCUCCUGAUCUUCCUUUGUUGUGAAGCACUGCCACACAUGGAACUGAGACUUGAAGCUAGAAGACUUAUGAUAAAAGAAAUGAAACUUCACUGGAAUCAGCAGAUAUUAAUCCAAGCUCACACUGAAGAGCAGUGAAGCAGGAUGAAAACACAUCAACCGCAACACAGUGGAACAAUACAGACAGUGGCUGCCUAAUGAUCUGUCACGACUUUGAGAAGCUGUUCAUUUUUAUGUACCAGCACUGAUAUAGAAUCAUAUUUUAAGCCAUAAAUGAAUUUGUCGAUGA